AUGGUGAACUCGUGGAUGAACCCACAGAUCAGACGGAUGCUGGUUGAGAAAAAGAUCCUGACUAUUCUGUUUCCUACGAUGCUGACGACGAAGACGAAUGGUCAGAUGCAGCUCCUGUUUACUCUCAAUGAAACCAAAGCAAGUUAUGCUGAACGAGUCAUUAAAACCAUCAAAAUGCAUCUGUAUCGUCACAUGUUAAAAAACUUUACUUACAAGUACAUGAGUGUCCUAGAGAAGGUCGUCUAUAGCUAUAACCACACCAAACAUCGAAUGUUAGGUCAAACAGCAGCCAGUGUCAACCAAACGAACGAAGAAGAGGUCCGGCUGUCUCAGUACCUGAUCAAACCUAAAAAGGCAAUCCAGAAGAAUAAGUUUACCUUUGACAUAGGUGACAAAGUAAAAGUCAGUCAUCUUAGGGACACCUUUGAACCGGAAUACCAAGAGAAAUGGUCUGGUGAAAUAUUUACCAUCGAGAAAAGGUACUGGUCUCAAGGUAACGACUUGUACAAUUUAAAGGACUGGGGUGGUGAUGCCAUCAAAGGGACAUUCUAUACUGCCAAACUUCAAAAGGUGACUGAGAAUCCUGAUCAACUGUACCGCAUUCAAGACAUUGUGAAAAGGAGAACUCUGAACAGACAGAAAGAAGUGGUGGUGAAAUGGCUUCACUGGCCUAAGAAGUACAAUUCGUGGAUUCUAGAAGCAGAUGUUGUUCAAUAUUAG